GCAAAGCAAGCAUACAUACAAAUAAAAAAUGGAUAAAAAUCCUAUGAUGCCGAAGCGUUCGCGCAUUGAUGUCAAGGGCAGUUUUGCUAAUGGUCCGCUGCAGGCGAGACCCUUGGUGGCACUGCUGGAUGGACGCGACUGCUCCAUCGAGAUGCCCAUACUAAAGGAUGUAGCUACAGUUGCCUUUUGCGAUGCACAAAGCACGUCGGAAAUACACGAAAAGGUGCUAAACGAGGCAGUUGGCGCUUUAAUGUGGCACACGAUUAUCCUGACCAAGGAGGAUUUGGAAAAGUUUAAAGCUUUACGCAUCAUUGUGCGCAUUGGCAGCGGCACAGAUAAUAUUGAUGUGAAAGCAGCCGGUGAAUUGGGUAUCGCCGUUUGCAAUGUGCCCGGCUACGGUGUCGAGGAGGUGGCAGACACAACAAUGUGCUUGAUAUUGAACCUGUACCGGCGCACCUAUUGGCUGGCGAAUAUGGUGCGGGAGGGCAAGAAAUUUACAGGGCCUGAGCAAGUGCGAGAAGCGGCACAUGGCUGUGCGCGCAUUCGUGGCGAUACAUUAGGCUUAGUUGGUCUGGGCCGCAUUGGUAGUGCUGUGGCGUUGAGGGCAAAAGCAUUUGGCUUUAAUGUCAUAUUCUACGAUCCCUACCUGCCCGAUGGCAUUGACAAAUCGUUGGGCCUCACACGCGUCUAUACGCUACAGGAUCUGCUCUUUCAAUCUGACUGCGUCUCACUGCACUGUACGCUCAAUGAGCACAAUCAUCAUUUAAUCAAUGAAUUCACAAUUAAACAGAUGCGACCGGGUGCAUUUCUGGUGAACACCGCACGCGGCGGUCUGGUUGAUGACGAGACUCUAGCUUUGGCGCUGAAACAGGGCAGAAUAAGAGCCGCAGCGUUGGAUGUGCACGAGAACGAACCUUACAAUGUAUUUCAAGGCGCACUGAAAGAUGCACCGAAUUUGAUUUGCACACCACACGCCGCCUUCUUCAGCGAUGCAUCUGCAACGGAGCUGCGCGAAAUGGCAGCCACCGAAAUCCGACGAGCGAUUGUCGGCAAUAUUCCAGAAGUGCUGAGAAAUUGCGUCAACAAGGAGUACUUUAUGCGCACACCGCCAACAGCCACCGCCGGUGGCAUUGCGGCGGCUGUUUAUCCCGAAGGCGCACUGCAACUCCAUCGGGCACACAGCACCACACCACAGCACGAUGGUCCAGUCCACAGUACAACAAAUAUUGGCGGCAGCAGUACCAGUGGGGGCGUUGGCCUGCCACCGCCAACAACACACAAUGUGGCUGCUGCUGCUGCUGUGGCGGCCGCAGCUGCAGCGGCUGCCGGGCUCCUGCAAUCACCGGUGCCGCCAACCGCCGCUGCCGUGCCAACGGUGCCGCAUUUGUCGCCCCAAAUUGGUGGAUUGCCGAUCGGAAUUGUGAGUAGCCAAUCGCACCUGAGUGCGCCCGACCCUAAUAAUCAUCUGUCAUCAUCAAGCGUCAAGUCCGAAGUAAAGGUUGAGUCAACGGAGAACCCAUAGGAUGAAGCUACUGCCUCCUCUUCUUCCUCCUCCUCCUCCUCUGUUGUUGCUGCUGGAGGCAUUGGCGUACCUAUGGUGUGACAACGGGCAAUGGACAUUGUGGAAUUUCGUGCAGACGGCUGGCAGGCGUUUCGGAAAUCAGAGCUAUAUAAAUAGAAAACAACACACACACACACACCAUACCAUAUACACAUUCACAUCCACACAACAAACAAAAGCAGAUUAACAAUAAUAUUUUGUAAACAAACAAUUAGUGUAAAGUGUCCGCGGCUCAUGUUUGUCAGUUCCAUGCGCAACCGCCCAGCCUUUCAUUUACAUUUUCCAAGUUCUAAGUUAUAAUUUAAAGUACGAUACAUAUUUGCAUAAAUCCAACCUUAAAGAAUCAGCAAACUAAAACAAAUAAGUGAAAAGUAACCCCCAAACACACACAUUACACACUCACACAACACGCCUCAAAAUUUACUUCGUAUGUAUCUAGAAUUUAAUUUGUAACUAUCUAGAAUUUUACAGUUACAAUUUAAGACUUAUUUGUAUUGCAGCAAAUUGUAAGAGAAAAUAUGUUACCUACAUAUAAGCGCAAAAACAACAAACAAAAACACACAAAAAAUGUUGAAAAUUUUUAACUAAACAAAAUCAAGAUUUAUGACAUAAAAUAAAAAAAAAAGCGACACACAACAUAAGAGAGACGUUUAGUGCUUAAGAUACGUUUAAAGUAUAUAAUAAAAAGAAAAAAAACAAAACGAUUGCAGUGUA